AUGGCUUUUCAUCAUGAAGUAGUUUCGCUCAAACUAGCUAGGCGGGUGAGUCGGUCCUCUCCUAGCCACCCUGGUUCGUUCGUAGCUGACAAAUUUGGUUGUCAGCUAGUCACCCCCACCGGCGAAAAGGUGAAACCAGGACGUUUACCUGUAUCCACACAAGUCGGUCGUCCCCUCACACUGAGUGCUACCAGGGACGGUCUCCUCCUUGAGGUCUAUCACAAGACAUCAGAACAAGGAACUGACGACAGAACAUUCAGAGAAGCUGAGCGUGCAAUUCGUGAUGCUUCACCAGAGUUUCUCGGCCGUUCUUUACUCAGAAUUGUGGUUGUAUCAUGGAUAAAUGUACCUGAAGUUGGAGGCCCAAGGACAAGUACGUUUCAACUACUUAUUGGAACAGAUGGCGAGCUGACUUACGCUAUCUUUAACUAUGAGAGAAUCGAAUGGGUUGGCUAUGAAGCUUCGUUGGAUCUUAACGAGAAUGGUCACCUGCUUAUUGGCGAUGCUUUUUCUGAUGUCGAUCUGAUAUUAACUAGUAACUAUGGAGUACCAGGAAGUUGGAUAUUCGAAAUCUCAAAAACUAUUCGUGAGAUAGGGAAAGUUCAAUGCGACCCGUCUAACCCUUGUCAAAAUGGAGGAACGUGUGAGAUCGAUGAAUGCGAUUGCGCCGAGGGUUUCAGCGGAAACUUCUGUCAUUUAGAUGAAUGUAAUAACCGUUGUCUCAAUGGAGCGAGCUGUGAGGAAGGCAAUUGCACAUGCCCAGCAGGAUUUGAUGGCGAUAUGUGUCAAGAUAAGCAGACAUAUGUUGAGUGUGGAACUGAUUCAAUGACCGUCAAUAUAGCUGAACAGCUAGUCCCAGGUGACGCAUCUGCUGUUCAUUUUCGAAACCGAUCCCAAUCCUGCUCCGGUGUAAACAGCUCGACUAGCACUGAGAUCACUCUCACUACAGGCUACGAUCAAUGUGGCACCACAUUUGAGGUAUGA